ACAAACGGAUGGUAGAGGGUGGUAAAAGCAAGCCAAAACUGCCUAGUCUCCAUUCUGUUGUAGAUCUGCCACUCUCAGAAUGAACAUAUAUCUGGUUGAUUAUUCAAGUCCCAAGUGUCCAGUAAACCAGAACUACAUCCACCAGCUGCAGCAGGACUUCUGACACAUCAGAAGGAAGAUCAGAGGGAAAUUAAAGAACACACACAUUAUUCAAUGCACAUUGAAAAGUGAAAAAGACACUCAAAGUCUUGAGACAGUAAGAGAGGCCAGACUGAGAUGGUUUGGACAUGUUCAUAGGAGAGACUGCUAUAGGAUGCUGAGGUUGGAGCCACCAGGCAGGAGAUUGAGGACAGAAGUUGGUUAGUGUGAGGGUGGAGGUUACAGAAGACACAUCUGGAGACAGAUGGUUAGCUGUGGAGACCUGAAGUAUAAAACCCCAAAGAGAAAGAAGACUCCAGUUCUUCACUCCUUUGAUAUAAAGACCAUUUAUAAGGGCAGUCACAAGGACAGGAAUUUGCCCCUGUCUAGGAUUAAAUUUAUCAUUAAAUUAGAGUAUUUUGUGUGUUUUCAAUACAUCUUCCACGAGCUGUUCCAGAUACUUCCAGAUCACACCACCGUGAUCAUCUUCCUCACCAAGGACCAUGGAUCUUCAUUCUGCUCUCGCGUUUUUCCACCGAAGACGUUUGUCUUCCCUGUUUUGUACCAAGAGGCGCUCCGUACCGUGAGAGGCGUUAACAAACGACGGACUGUUCGACUGUUUACCCUCAAGCUCCCGGCAGGCGGUUCGUCUCGUUGUGUUGGCCGGGUUAUAGUUCACAGCAGCGGGUCACAGCUGGAGAAAGAGCCGCUCGGACGGCAGGAAGCGCCUGACAGGAUGAGCAUGAAGGGAGGCGUCACCGCUCUGACACGCCGGAACUACAAGCUGGCCUCAGACACUGACAAACCAAGGGCCACAGGGAUCGUGAACGAUAAGCUGCUGAGUGAUUACCUGCAUCAAGUGUUUCCUUCACCCAAACAGGGACCUGCUGGAGCUUCACCCAGGAAGCCUCUUGGUUUACAGGACCUCAAUGCUCACCUGGAAAAACUUCUGUCUGAAGGAGAAACACCUGAGGAGAGCAGAGAUCAGCCUGUUGAAGGUCGCCUGGGUCCUCAGCCCGUUGUUUUGGAUCACACUAGCGGCUUUGAAGGUCUUCUGUUUGUGGACGACGACCUGCUGGGGGUGAUUGGACACAGCAACUUCAGCUCCAUCAGAGCCACCACGUGUGUUUAUAAAGGGAAAUGGGCCUACGAGGUUCUGAUCUCCUCUCAGGGUCUGAUGCAAAUCGGCUGGUGUACCCUCAACUGUCGCUUCAAUCAGGAGGAGGGAGUCGGUGACACUCCAGACUCAUACGCUUACGAUGGGAACAGAGUGAGGAAGUGGAACGUAACCACCACGAACUAUGGAAAGUCGUGGGCAGCUGGAGACAUUGUGAGCUGUCUGAUCGAUCUAGACGAAGGAACCAUCACAUUCUGCCUGAACGGCCAGUCUCUGGGCACGGCCUUCACCAACAUAAAGAUGGGUCCCGGCGUCGCCUACUUUCCCGCCAUCAGCCUCUCCUUCAAAGAGUCGGUGGCUUUUAACUUUGGCAGCAGACCGCUCCGGUACCCCGUGGAAGGGUACCUGCCCCUCCAGGACCCCCCCACUGCAGACCUGAUGAAGGCUCACAAACUUCUGGGUUACAUCAAGAACGUCCUGUCCACUUCCAUCGACACUGAGGAGGAGAAGCUGGUGGAGAAGGACUGUGCUGUUUGGAAGCUUCAUGGAGAUCCAACGGUCCUCGUGACUGUUGCUCACAUCUUCAACCACUUUGCUCCUCUCAUGUGUAAGGUUUACCUGGUGGAGGACGUGCUGAUGAACUUCCUGUUGGGGAUCCUGGAGGGAGGGGGCUCAGUGGACGAACACCCACUCAUCCAGCAGCUUCUGGACCUCUUCUGGUUGCUGAUGGAGGAUCACGAGGUUAACGAGUGUCUGAAGCAGCUGAUGAUGUCUCUGCUGAGAGCGUACCGUUUCUCCCCAAUCAUCCCUGACCUGGGCUUCCAGAUUCAUUACCUGCGGCUGACCACAGCCAUCCUCCGUCACGAGAGGUCCAGGAAGUAUCUCCUCAACAACGUCUUGUUUGAUGUUCUGCGGUCAGUCGUGUUUUUCUACAUAAAGACUCCUCUGAGGGUGAAGGAGGCGGGCCUAGAGGAGCUCAUCCCGACCACCUGGUGGCCCACACAUUUCGACAAAGAGGGGAAAGAUGAGCGUGAACCCAAAGAUGAGAGUUCAGAUGAGCGACUGAGACGCCGAGCCUACGAGAGAGGCUGCCAGAGGCUGAAGAAGCGGAUCGAAGUGGUGGAGGAGCUGCAGGUCCAGAUCCUGAGGCUGCUGCUCAACAACAAGGACAAAACUACAGGAGAAGCCUCGCGCUACAUCUUCCUCAACAAGUUCAGGAAAUUUUUGCAGGAAAAUGCCAGCAAUCGAGGGCACCCUACGGCUCUGUGUCCUCCCGAGUACAUGGUGUGUUUUCUGCACCGCCUCAUCACAGCCAUCAGAACCAGCUGGGAUGAAGGCAGCAGGAAGUGUCCAGGCAGCCUCAGCAGUGAAGAUGCCUAUGUCCCUCCUCAGCUCUUCUACAAUGGGAAGGUGGAUUACUUUGACCUGCAGAGACUUGGGGGGCUGUUGUCCCACCUGAAAAAGACUCUGAAAGAUGACCUUGCCAGUAAAGCUAAUGUCAUCAUCGAUCCUGCGGAGAUCCAGACCACAUCCAUGGAUGAUCUAGAUGAGGACGAAGAGAUUGGAGCGGCUCAGAGGCCGCUCGGAGCAGCAGCAAUAGGUGGAGCUUUGGCCAGGCCCAGUUGGCUUAGUUCUCCUACUUUGGGACGGGCCAACCGGUUCCUGAGCACAGCUGCAGUCAGCCUGAUGACCCCCAGACGACCUCUGUCUCAGCCAGAGAAGGUGAAGGUCCGGACCCUCGCUGUGGAGCAGCGCACAGAGGACGACAUUGAAGGAAGCCACGGUAACGACGGCCUGUUGCUAGGGCGACCGCUGGAGGAGCCUGAUAAGCCAAUAGCAGACAAGUCGCUGCUGGAGAUCAUUGAUGGUAUUGUGAUGAUGUACAACCUGAGCGUCCAUCAACAGUUGGGAAAGAUGGUGGUGGUGGCAGAUGAAGUGCACGAAUACGCCGUAGCUCUGAAGGACACAGAGGAGAAGAUUGCUCGAUGUCCUGCCAGACGCUCCGAUAUUAUGGAGGAACUCCAGAAGAGUCAGAAGGUUUUUGCAGAGAAGUUGAACCACCUGAGCCGCAGACUGGCCUGGAUCAACGCCACCAUCUACUCCAAGGAGAAGAUGCUGGAUGUUUACUGGCUGCUGUGUGUUUGCAUUCGCACCAUCGAACACGCUGACGGAACUGGCUCCCUGUUUGCCUUCACGCCCGAGUUCUACCUCAACGUGGCCAUGAACGCAUACAGCGCCUUGAAGAACUACUUCAGCCCCUCCAACAGCAUGGAGGAGCUUCCAGGCUACGAGGAUACGCUGACUCAGCUUGCCACCAUCCUCGCCAAACACUUUGCAGACCCACGUAUUGUAGGAACAGAUAUCAAAGACUCUUUGAUGCAGGCAUUGGCCAGCUAUGUCUGUUACCCACAAUCCCUCAGGGCAGUGGAGAGGAUCCCAGAGGAGCAACGAGUGGCCAUGAUGAGAAACCUGCUGGCUCCAUAUGAGCAGAGACCCUGGGCUCAGACUAACUGGAUUCUGGUCCGACUGUGGAGGGGUUGUGGUUUUGGAUACAGAUACACUCGUCUUCCUCACCUGCUGAAGACCAAACCGGAGGACGCCAACCUGCCGAGCCUUCAGAAGCCGUGCCCAUCAUUGCUGCUGCAGAGACACAUGGCGGAGCUGCUCAGAAUGGACAAAGACAUGGCGGCAUCUUUCCUCAACAGCGUCCUGAACCAACUCAACUGGGCUUUCUCAGAGUUUAUCGGGAUGAUUCAGGAGAUCCAGCAGGCCGCAGAGCGACCUGAGAGGAACUUUGUGGACACCCGUCAGCUGAAGGUGUGUGCGACCUGCUUUGACCUGUCUGUCAGCUUGUUGCGGGUUCUGGAGAUGACCGUCACUCUGGUACCGGAUAUCUUCCUGGACUGGUCGCGUCCAUCAGCAGAGCUGCUGCUGCGACGACUUGCUCAGCUGCUGAACCAGGUGUUAAACAGAGUCACAGCUGAGAAAAACCUUUUUGAUCGCGUCGUCAACCUGAGACUGCCAGGUCUGGAGAGUGUGGACCACUACCCGAUCCUGGUGGCUGUUACAGGAAUCCUGGUCCAAAUCCUGGUGGAUGGAGAAAAACAGGGAACGUCUCGAGCUGCCUCUGUGCUCCUCUCUGACCCGUGUUUCCAGCUCCACUCCAUACAGCACCUUCUGGGAGAACCUGGAGACUCCUCCAGACCGUCAGCCAUCCCUUCCCGCCCUGCGGUCGGGUCUUUGGGUUCCUCUGUGGCUCCUUCAGCUGCCGGGAACUCGGCUUCUACAGAACGGAAACACUUCUCCCUGCAUGCAUACACGGACUACAUCAGCGAGGAGGAGAAGCAGAAGGUGGAGGUGAUGCUGGCCUUUCUGACGGAGGAGUCCAAACAGGCUGCAGCCUCCACAGCUCCAACCAGUGAGGAGGACCUCUGCCCCAUCUGCUACGCUCACUCCAUCUCCGCCAUCUUCAAGCCCUGUUCACACAAGUCCUGCAAAGCCUGCAUCAACCAGCACCUGAUGAACAGCAAGGAUUGUUUCUUCUGCAAAGCCACCAUCACCGGGGUGGAGGACUACAACAAGCCCGCCUCCUAACACACCUGCGGAACUUCCUGUCACACACACACCCAGACUGCUGGUGUGUGUGUGUUGAACAGUCACUGGGUGGGCAUGUCCUGGUCAUGUGACCAGAGUUUGUACUUGCAGUGAAACACGAGAGCUUUAGAGUCGAAGCAACGUAGUCGGGUCAGACAUGGUUCCAGCUACACACACAUACACCUACCUGUUCACAGAGUGUGUGUGUGUGUGUGUGAAGGGGGUGUUAGGGUUAUAUCUGGGCGGUUGUUUCUGACCCAAAUAGGGAGUUAUGGGAUUACUGUACUUGCUGUUGCUGUAACAUAAAAAUACAACACAUAAAAUUAUUUAUGAACAACCAGAA